UUUUUUUUUGAAUUGCAUGAGCGGAGGAAAGCGAGGGAUAAGACGGUGAAACUGCGAGCGUCCGAGCGAGCGAAUGGAGAAGCACAAAGUGCUGGACCAGCUCCUGAUGGAGCUCCACCGCUUCCUUCUCAUCCUGGACAAGGAGACCUUGAGCGGGAACGCCACCAUCCAGAAGGGCUUGCUCUCCGAUCUCCUCCAGUCUUAUAGAGCCUCCAAUGAUGCUGAUGAGGAGUAUAUCUACAUGAACAAAGUGAUUGUUACCGGGAAGGACAAAGACGACAAAGAUGACAGAUCAGAUGCCCUGCUCAAUGGAAAAGCAACAAAAUGUGUACCCGUCCCGCAGAAGAGCCUUCCCGACCUGCCGUCCUCCAGAACAUGUGUGGUGGGUCGGGAGCCAUUCCCCUUACCUGCAGUUCCUGCUCCAGCCAGUAUAGACACCUCAGAGAGUUACUAUGAGGAGGCGCAGCCUUAUGAGGAAACUGUCAAUGAUCUGGACUGUUUUGGCCUCCUCUCAGGGCCUUGGAUGCGAGUGCAGAGCUCUGACAGUGUGGUCUAUGCUGUUAUCACCAGGGAUGAUGGGGAGGUAGUUAGCAGCUCAUAUGAGUCCUACGAUGAAGAGGAAGUUACCAGAGGAAAGUCACCGUCAGCGCAGCACCAGUGGCCUUCCACAGAGGCAUCCAUCGAGCUGAUGAAGGAUGCUCGAAUCUGUGCCUUCCUGUGGAGGAAGAAAUGGCUCGGCCAGUGGGCCAAACAGCUGUGUGUCAUCAAAGACCAUCGGCUGCUGUGCUAUAAAAGCUCCAAGGAGCAGACACCCCUGUUGGAUGUGAGCCUGUUGGGCUGCAGUGUGGUUUACAAAGAGAAGCAGCUGAAGAGGAAAGAGCACAAGCUGAAGAUCACUCCUGUAGGAGGGGAGGCCAUCGUGCUGGGCCUACAGAGCAAGGAGCAGACAGAGCAGUGGUUGAAGGUGAUUCAGGAGAUCAGUCCCAAGCCAGCAGAAAACUAUGACCCCCAGCACUCUGUGUCUGACUCCCCGAGGCUCAUCUGUACUAAGGGAGAGCUGAGUGAGAGAUACUCAGUGGCUUCAGAGAGCGGCAGCAGCACUGACAGUCACGCUGAAACCCCUGAAAACAAAGAUGUGAAGAAAAAAUACAGCGCAGGUUUGAAGUUCAGCAAUCUCAUGAACAUUGGCAAGAAAAAACCUUCCUCAUUAGAGAGCCCGGAGAAAUGUGUCGACACCUCAGGCUACCUCAACGUGCUGGUGAACAGCCAAUGGCGGAUCUGCUGGUGUCUGAUCAAGAAUGGGCAGCUAUGGUUUUACCAGGACAAGGGCAAAAACAAAGUGAGCCAGCCAGCGGUAACUCUGGAGGGCUGCAGUGUUUUGCCCGACCCCAGCCCUGAGCGCCUGUACUCCUUUAGGAUUAACAUGGAUGGCACACAGGUGGCAACCCUAGAGGCUAAGACCUCAGCAGACAUGGGUCACUGGCUGGGCCUCUUGCUGUCACAAACAGGGACCAAGCAGGACCCAGAGGAGCUGACCUACGACUACGUCAACGCUGAGAGGAUCUCCAGCAUCGUCAAUGCUGCCAAGACUUCCUUAUACUUGAUGCAGAGGAGGUAUUCAGAGCCGAACACCUACAUAGAUACCCUACCCUCCAUCCCUCACAACUCUGAUGAACUGUACGACGAUGUGGCGUCUAUAGCUGAUCCAGAGGAUGCUGAAGAGAGCAGCCUGCCACGCAGUGAGGACAACGACCUUCAGGAACAUAAUGAAACAUGCACACACGAUGCCAAGGACUCAGUGGGAACAGAGCAGGACACUGAAAACAGGGUUUACCUGGACCUGGUUCCUGUGCGCUCCUUCCUCCAUACUUCGAGUGGGGGUAAAGCCUCCCCAGCCAAAGAAACUUUUAGACAUUCCCCGGUCCCAGUAGAGGACCAGAAGGACUCUUCAUGUCAAGUUAAAGAGGUCAGUUCAACUAACCCUCCCGAGCCAGAGCCAACACCUGUGUUAAAUGAAACAAGUUUGACGUCUGCUACCAGCAAACCAGAACAAGCGGCCCCCCCGUGUCCCACGCCACAGCAGUCACAAACUCAGCCACUCAAAACCACAGCCCAAAGCCAGGAGACGCCUAAGAGGUUGACCCUGGGAAUCACACAGGCCUUCAACUCCUCCGGGGGGCAGCUCCACAAAGGCCCAACAGUCCACACUAGUGCGGGGUUCCCCCACAGUCCCCAACCCCUGCGCCCCAAGGCACAUACCAUAGGGUGUCCCGGUGCAGUUGAGGUGAAACUGGGCAAAAACCGCACGGAGGCAGACAUGCGCCGCUACAUUGAUGAUCGCGACCGCUUGGAGAAAGAAAGGGAGGAGGUGAGGAGCAGUCUGGCGAACCUGAAGAAGGAGAGAAGGGAGACCAAAGAGGAGCUCAGCGCCUGCCAAGACCCCAAGCAGCAGGCCUCACUAGAAACCCGCUUGAAGCAGAUGGAGGAGGCGUGUCGGGAGGCGGAGCACCGCAGGGUCGAGGUCGAGCUUCGGUUGGUAGAAGUGAAGGAAAGUCUGAAGAAGGUGGAGUCAGGGCCUUUCACACUGGGAACCACACUGGACAGCAGCCUCCAGGACACACCCACACCCAAAGCAACAACCAUGCCUGCUCUCCAGACAUCACCGCCACCAUCGUCGUCGUCGUCGUCAUCAUCAUCAUCCCAACCCUCGAACAGCAAUGUCAGUGCAGACCCGGCCUCUCCAGUCAACUCUGCCUCGGCACUAAAGAACAGACCGGCCUCCAUCAUGGCCACGAAAGGCAAAGUCCUGCAGAAAGCUAAGGAGUGGGAGAAGAAAUCCACCACCUAGGAGGAAAACACAAUGCCCUUUGAACUCCUCUGACCUGAUCCAAAUCCAACUUGUCCUGCUUAAGCACGGAACUGCCAAGUUAACAGACCAGACAGUUAAAUCAACAUCCUCCCGUCUCUGGAUCAUUCAUCCUCACCACCUCCCUGCCAAGACUAUAAAGAGCCAAUCACAGAGAGCCACAAGCUGUCUUCUUAAAUACCACUGGAGGACUUUGGUUUUAACAACUUUUCAAGUUGUUUUUUCUUUGUUUGCUAGAGGCAGAAAUUUGAUGUAGUUGCAUUUUGGCCAGUAUAACAUUUGUUCUUGAUACUGAAAAAAUGGGAUUUUUCAACACUGCAAAAAGCCAAAUAUUUGAAACCACUGAAGUCUGAGACAGAAAGAUGCCCCUGUACUAAAUUGGCCAUUUUGUAAACUUUUUGUUGCUUGGUUCAUAUAUGCUGGUAGCCAAGAUGUAAAUAUAUUUACACCAUUAUUCAGCCUUUUGGCUUGUAUUGCUAGCUAGAAAUGCACUUUUUAUUCAAAUAAAAAUGU